CUUUUCCUCCUCUCCUUCUCCUCUUCCCUCCUCCUCCUCUCCUACCACUCCAUCUCCCACACCUGCACCCACUCUAUCAGGCUACCCUUAUUCUAUCAAACCCCUUCCACACACACCUACUUUACCUUGAGCAAUCCUCCCCAUCACCUGUUCAAGAAACGUCCAUCGUCGACUAGUUGCUACCCUACCAAACCGCCACGCACACACAUAGACACUCACCGACUUGCGCUAGCACUACCAUCGGCUUUGGCAUUAUCCUACAAAGAACAAAGGGUUGUCCCAGCCUGGAGUGCUGCCCCAGCGGAACUUCCAGGAUAUCGGUGUUAGGGACGUCGGACAAGCGUGGGUCUCGUAAGCAGGGGGUGGUGAGGGGAGGUUAUAGAUUGGAAAAGAAUUAUCCGAAGCGUAUCGGGGGACUACCGCAAGAGCACGAAAUGGAGACAUAUCAUGGCCACGUACGAUCGCCGGCGGAUGCAAUAAUAUUGUUCGAAGCUUGUCGAUUAGGUCUGCUCCCACGAGUGCAGAGGCGGUUAUCGGAGAAGGAGAGACAGAACAUCAAAUCUGGGAGUGUGUUCGUCUGGGACGAGCGGGAAGCGGGGAUGAGGCGGUGGACAGAUGGGAAAUCAUGGAGCGCAAGUAGGGUUUCGGGUAGUUUUCUGACGUAUCGGGAGAUGGAAGGGAAGCGCGGUGGAAACGCUUUUGCUCCUCCUACGACCACCUUGUCGGUUGGAGGUCGUGUGGGAAAAUCACCUAAUCCUGAUAGUGAUUCUGAUGGACUAGAUACCGAAGGACCGGAUGGGUAUCGAUACAAGCCGGAUGGGUUAAUGAAACAAUCCUUUUCCAUCACUACCGCCACUCACCAGAAGCUACAUCUCAUCAGUUAUUACGCUCGUUCGCACCCCUCAUCGCAGAACCUCAUCCAACCCACACAGGACAGCGCGUUAAAACAUAUCAGACCUGCGAAGGGGAUGUAUCCGGAGAGCACAGUACAUGAACAACAGAAUGUACCAGUUGUGACUCGGGGCCCCAUGAUUGCGACAAACUUCAAUCAUGUACAAUCACCUAACGCUAUGAUCCAGCGGCCUCCUGGAGCAACGCAUCCUAACAGUUAUCCCCAACAAGGAGCGUAUGGCUGGCCUCCCAGCCCUGUUUCAACGCCCCCAACAAACCUACCCCCACCGGCCGGCCAGUAUGCACAGCAGUUACCACUGCCAAAUAGCGCAGCAUCCUCUCCGAUGGCGUACAAUCCCCCAACUUUCCCCUCCGCUGCUGGAUCGCCAAUGCAGUAUGACAGAACGCCACUGCCGCACCUGGAUGGCCUCCCUCCGCAACAAUCACACAGAGGGUCCAUGGGAUCUCCAAUGAUGCACAUCCACCGUUCGCCACGGGCAGCCGUGCAGCAAAUGCAGAGGCAACCAUCAGAUAUACCCAUGCCGUCUCUGCCAUGUCCCGAUCAAGGUGGCCGGUUUUCUUCGCCGGCUAGUAGCCUGAAUGGCCGGUCGCCUCCUAGAAGCGAAAAGUUUGAUAUAAAUCCUCUCCGACAAAGCCCGAGCGGGGGGAUGGAUGGUGGUAGCAGCCCUGGGAGGAGCGGGCUGGAAGUACAAGAUAUCCCAAGUGAAAAGCUUGGGUUUGGGGAGGAUGCCAGGGCUCUGCGGGUGCUGAAUAGGGCUUUUAUUGCGUGAUAAUUUGCAGUGACAAGAUAUCAUACCUCUAAAAGUUUUGUCUUCUGUUCGCUGGAUUGUCAUGGGGUUAAGUUUUAAUAGCCUCGGUUCAUUUUGGACCUUUCUCUCAAAAGUGGAGAAAAGCUCCCUGGAUCGCUCCUUCGGGGAUUUGCUUUUGUGUUUGCAAAAUUACUUUCUAGGAUGUAUUUUUUCCCUUCCAAUCGGCUUUCCUUUCUUUCUUUUCUUCUUUUCCCUUCCCUCUCUACCUUUCCUUUGUUGGUAUUUUCAUAUCGCUUUCAUAUUCUCACUCUUUUUUAAUCACCAUGGAAUAUUUUUGGGUUUUCUUUUUUUGUUAUUUUCAUUCCGGUGUCUGGCUUUUCACUUUUUUCCUGCUAUUUCCAUCAUCACCAUCAUCAACUUUUCCUUUUUUAUCUGAGGGUUUUUUCCUUUCCAUUAUUUUCAGGGGAUUUCUUAUUUUAUUUAUAACUUUCGGUUUUUAUCGUAGGGAUAGAACAUGGACUGGGGGAUAACUUGUUUUAACGGAGAAACGAUAGGGGCAUCUUUUAUUAUUUCUUUCUUCCUCUGGUGGAGGGGUCCAGGAAUAGUGGUGGUUUACGGGCAAGUUUUCAAGGUUUAUUUGGAGUAAAAUUCAAUAAAGUAAUCAGGUUUUUUUUUUUU